AUGCCUCUCAAGAACCUCAUCUCGUCGCCUCUUGAGGCUGGCCAGUCCGUCCUUGAUGCCCACCGUCUGCCCUCCCACCUCGACGCUGCUCUCGAGUACACGGCCCGCCGGCUUGCUCGCAAAGCUUUGGUCAUUGACCUCGUCGUUGUUCGCCGGGAAUACCAGCUUCCUUAUGCCACAGCUAUUCCUGCACAGCCAGAGGCCACUUCAUAUACAUCUGUAGAUGCCUCUCUCCAAGCUCGUCCAUUGCCCGCUUUACCAUCCUUGUCAGCAACGUCGUCUUUAUCAUCGACUACAUCGUCUUCGACGUCGUCGCUCCCUGCAGCCUCGGGAUCAUUCCGAUUCACAUCCGCCAUCAAGAGCCUCGUUCGGUCCAACACACUGCCCAGCCUGACGUCGUCACACUCGGCCUCCUCAUCAUACUCAUCAUUGAAUGCGUCUUCCCCAGCCGCAGUCUCGCCGACUCUUUCGUCAGCCUCUCUCUCCUCCACUUCUUCCUCCUCUUACACAAGCAACUCCCGCGCCUGGGGCGAUAGCGGUCGUUCUAGCCGAUGGCCAUUCUCACCAGUCCGUACACUGUCGUCGGCGUCUGCGGCCUCAUCUGUCCCGUCUACGCCGGCCACUCCCGCAACGCCGGCCACUCCAGCCACCCCGGCUACCCCGGCAACACCGGCUACACACUCUACGGCCAGCUCGUCAAUCUCCUCUUCGUCACCGUCAUCCUUUGGCAUCCGCCUGGUCCACGCUGAUGACCUACCUCAGACCCAUAAGCGGGUACUGCGCCACACCCUGGAAAAGGCGGCACGGAAAUUUAAUCUUGGCUCCAACUGGCUCGCCCCGUCGGUUGAUGCCUCGGCACUCGGACUGCCUCCCAAUCUUGUCCAGCGCUCACGAGAGCAAAACCAAGUCCUUUUCGUGACAACGACGACCUCAACACUGAGCGAUACACCCAGCCUUGUUUUACGCUCCCUUGACCACCUCUACACCUUCAAGGCUGCUCUAUGCAGCUACGCCCAGACGGGCGAUCACUACCGCCUCGAGGAUGCAGUCGACGAGCUGCGCCGUUACAUCCUGGCACAGGCGCACCACGGCGGAGCCCAGUGCCGCCGUCAGCAGCUCUUGUCGAAACGGGAGCUACUUCGCCAAUACCCGACACUCUCCAGCUUCUCAGAGACUCAUUUGGCUGACGUCAACCGCAUGUACCGUCGCGCGUACGGCGGGCCUGAGCUCGAGUGCGGUAUUGAGGCCGACGGUCUGAGCUCGAGCCCGCCCGUUGUCGUUAGCUCAGCAGCGACACCCGUUCCUAUUCCUGUUCCUUCCACCGCCGACAAGCCACCGCGGCUGUCUCUGGAAACGAAUUGUGUUGGUUCCACCGGCGGAGUAGACGCUGACGAGGAGCAAGCCACACCAACAGCGGCCCCGGCAGAGAAAGUGGCCACCCCUCCAUCCCUUACAUGGACAUCGUUCCUCAACAUCUCAUCCUCUGACCCACCCAUGCUGCUGCCACUUCUCGGUUCUGCUGCCGAGCGCCGGAACCGGUUCCGCCGCAAGAUGGAUGGCGAGGAAGGAAAGGAAGGAAAUGACCAAGACAAGACUAGAGAAGAUGAGUACGACAACGCCUCGGACGUGCUGUCGGAGACGUCUACUACCGCGUCGUCGCUUCCGUCACUGUCAUCAUCUCUGCUGUCCAUCUUGUCAGAUGAUGAGGACCUGUGCACCACCCGCGGCCCCAAAGAGCUCAGCGUGGUCAUUGAAGACUCUGAGUCGCCUGUCUUGGGAGCGGUUAAAUCGAGGGUCCCAGAAUUCUGCACAAGUAGCCCUUCGUCGCCGAUCAUCCUCCGCCCAGCAUCAGCACGCCCAUUUGCCACCUCCCCAGCCAAGGUCCCGUCGUCACCGAACAAACUGCUUCCUGUGCUGACGCUGCAAACAUCAUUUGACACAAACCUAACCAAGACAACCAAAGCGAUCAGCUCAACCGCGAACGAGAGCCCGAAGGACGGCAAGGGAGAAGAGGAAGAAGAAGAGCAGCUCACAGCCCGUCCCAUAAACAAUACCCGCAUGAACGGCGGAGGGAGCAUUUUCUUCGGUGCCGCUAGCAUCGGCGAGAUGCUGCAGGACGUCGGAGACUCGACUGCUCUGUUGUCACCUGCCGAGGAUACUAUCGACCCUUUCCACCUUCCUCGUUUCUCCCGUGCCUCCAUCCUUGUUUCACCUGUCGUUGCCGGAGCUCCUCAGCCACCCAAGGAUUACGACGACAUCUCGCCCAUUACGCGCAGCGAAUGGGGUUUCUUGAUGGGCGACCAGACAGGGCGCCAAGUGACUGUCACAACGUUUUAA